UGAAUCAGUGAGUUUAGUUUGAGUGAGGAUUUUGGAGUGAAACGUCGUGGUUGUAUCGAACGAAUAAAAAACCCCGUACAAUGCCAAAAGAAAAUUGAAGUUUAUGUGGUUAAAAAUACGAAAAAUCUGGAAAAAUUUACAUUUUAAGUGCAAAUUAGGUGCUCCAAAAUAGUUUUUCGAUACGAAAUUGUGAUUUUAGGUUGAUUUUGUGCGGAAAAUUAACAUCUUUUAGUUCGGAAUAUUGUCGCGAAAGUGAAUUUUUAACUCCUAUAAGUAAAUGUGUGUGACGAGCCGAUGAGAUAAUCGACAUCCACAGACAUUUUUGGAGUUAUUCAUUUUUUUUAUUCAAAUUCCACACUGUGAAUUGAAAAGAAAACAUUUAUUUUGACAAAGUUAAACAUCCAUUAUUCACGUAAAAAAAACCUGGAAAUUAUGCAAUGAUCACAUUUGGUCAGAUGCUUGUAGCAUAUGCAUAAACAAUACAUUUUAGUUACAAGUUUUCGUGUAAAUUAUUGGAAUUUUCGCAGAGACUACCAUAAAUUUAAGGACACGCUCGCUAUAUAAAAUUUUCUUUUAAACAUAAAAACGAAAGACUCGAAUAGCCGAUUAAACAUGGGAACUAUCAAAGCAUCAAUUUCAAGUGCCUCAUUCACACUCCUCGUGCUUUUAGUCACUGUGUCUCUGCUGACGGUUCAUUGUCAGGAAGCUGGCACAGAAUUCGCACCUCACGUCACAGCAACAUGCAAAGCCGGCACCAUGAAUAUCAGGGUACAACUCACAGGUCCCUACACAGGUGCCGUCCAUGCACGGGACUAUCGGAAUUCCCACUGCAUGGUAUUCGGGAAUGGGAGCAAUAUUGCCACGAUGAGCCUGAAUCUUCUAGCGCGACAGGGUCAAAAUGACUACUGUGGCAUCCUUGUGAGCAACAAAACGGAAGAGAGAUCAGUCCAAGUGGCAGUGAGACUUCAUCGAACGCUGGAAUUGGCUGAGGAUCGAUUCUUUAUUAUAACAUGUGGCAAAACUGGAUUUGCAAGGGACGACAACACCCACGUGGCCCUCAAGUUUAUGGACAGCAAUGAACGCCGCGUGCGGGAAACGGUGUAUGGGCGCGAGUACACAAUUAAAGCUGAACUCACGCAGCCAAAUUCCACGCGUGACAUUCGCGUGAGGAAUUGCUUUGCCUUCAGCAAGCGCAACACGAGCAUACCGCUAAUUGAUGAUCGUGGUUGCCCGCUUGAUAACAACAUUAUCACGCGCUUCCGCACAAAUAACGAUGGGACGUCAUCAACUGCAAUUCUCAAGUCCAUGUUCAAGUUCCCAGAAGGAUCUGAGGUGCAUCUACAGUGUGACGUUGUGGCUUGCAGGGCAGGAUCAACGUGUCCUGCUGAGGCUACCUGCACGGGAGACGCUUCAGCGUAUACGAAAUCAGGACGAGCCCUUGGGCAGACUGAUGAGGGAGUUAUGCUGGCAGCUACCACUGUUUUUGUACUUGAUCCAGCUGAUGCGCCACUGGUUUCGCCAAUUUGUGAAGAGGGUGGUGUUCGGCCAGCAUGGCUUCUGUGGUUGACAAUAGCACUGGGAGUCCUGUUUCUAAUUAUGCUGCUCAUGAAUAUUUUCCUGUGCACAGCAAUGAGUUGUAGUUGUGCGAGAACUGAGAUUAUCGAGAAGGAGCCAUCAAUAAUUGAGGAGUACGAUCCAUACAGGAGUUGGCAUGGAAGUCAAUAUGGGUCACGGUAUUCCCUGCAUGGACGUGAUGUUGGACACAACAAGGGCUACACGAGUGGUGGAUCCACAAUCCACUCGAAUAGGUCUGAUCGCUAUUAAAAGCCAAGGCAAAUGAAACCCCUUCUCUUCCUUCCUCCCAUUUUGCUCACUGCUGCAUGAAAAUCCAUCCGCUCGCCCCUCAAGAAUGCUAAAAACUCACCUCUCUGGCUCACUAACUACUGGAUUGGUUUUCUCUUUUUCUUCUCUCAAAUGAAAAGGAAGCAAAAAAAAAUAUGAGCGACCAACUAAUCUAAUGGGAGUGUUUAAAAUCUGAAUGAUCUAUCAGUUAACUUAUUUUUAUCUUUGGUGUUUGUUUCUUCUUCUUUUUGCGUGUGAAUUUUGCGAAGUAAUUGCAUGAAUGAAGACACCUGCAAAAGAGGCAUUAACAGACGUUUAAUAUCCUUGUUGAAGGUCGUUACCAAUUGACUCCGAUCACUAUGCUAUUGUGCACUCUCGACCCGGAUCUCGACACUCCGGUGCACCAGGCCAUCGUUCACGGGGACCCCCCAGUAACUUAUAAGUCACACACACAUACACCACAUCCUUGUAUCUUGAACCACUCACCAAUAUUAUGCAAAAAAAAAAAACAAUUAAAUAAAAAAAACAUUAAACCCAGUGUCCAUAUUAGUAAGAAUAAAAAAAAAACGAGCACUUCUCUCUCUCUCUUCACCUCCUUCACCUGAUUUCACUGACCUAUCUCCUCCAAGGCUCCACGCAUGUACGUGGAAGCAUUGACCAAACACUCUCCUAGCUCCCCCGCGAUAUGUGCUUGAUCUCCGGCAAUAAAAGUCCAACUAAACAAACAAAAAUUAAGAAGAAUUUUGUAAAUAUUAAUUAAGAUGCAAUUAAUGUAAAGCCACGAGAGUAAUGCAAUCACCUCAUGCUUUUGUGUUUCGAUUAAUUCCUCCCACACUCUCUCUCUCUCUCUCUCAAUGUUAAGCCUCCUCCUUUUUUUUGCACACAAACAACCCAUCAUGAAAGGAUUCGUGUGCCCUCAAGCACAUUAUCUGCACCCACUCUGAAAAUCAUUUCUAAAAAAAAAUCUUUCACAAAACCACCCUUCUCCCCUUCAAGCUGUACACCCCCUCACAACUUUUCCACCUGUAAAAAAAAACUUCCCACAGAAUUAAUGUUAAAAAAAAGAGAAAUGUGUAAUAAAAUUCGAAAGAAAAUACAAAGAAAAUCCGUAGUGUAAAAAAUGUAAGGUUCUAAUAAAAGAGAAAUUAGUAAUUA